AACAGUUGUUUGAUAAAGCUGAUAAGCGUGCAGUAGGGAAAGUUCAAAGUCAAACUUUCUAAACACACGACAGGUUCUUAUUUCCCUCGUAUUAUAAGUCUACAAUUUAUAACUUAUAAUAAAUAAAAAUGGUGUCAGGAAUAGUGGCUGGAAGAUUGGCUCUAGUGACCGGUGCUGGAUCCGGUAUAGGUAGAGCAGCAUGCCAGGUUUUAUCCAGAGAGGGUGCCAUAGUUGUGGCAGCUGACAAGAACUAUGAAGCAGCCAUGGAAACCAUUAAAACUCACACAGCUUUAGCUUCUGGCAAAAAUGAUGCAGACCACAUGGCAGUGGAACUCGAUGUCUCCAAUUCAACAGCAGUGAGAAACCUGUUAACAACUAUAUUGCAGCAAUAUAAGGCACCUCCGACAAUAGUAGUGAACUCUGCUGGUAUCACUAGAGACAACUGGCUGCUGAAACUGUCUGAGGAGGAUUAUGAUAGUGUGCUAAAUACUAAUUUGAAGGGCACUUUUCUAGUAAUGCAAACGUUUUCAAAGGCGAUGUCAGAAGCAGGACUACCAGGCUCGAUUGUAAAUCUUUCCAGUAUUGUAGGCAAAUAUGGGAAUAUGGGUCAAACCAAUUACGCAGCAAGUAAAGCUGGUGUUAUCGGCAUGACACAAUCUGCAGCUCAAGAAUUAGGAAAAUUCAACAUUAGAGUAAACGCGAUACUACCAGGCUUCAUAGAAACUCCAAUGGUUAAGACUGUUCCUGAGAAGGUCAUACAAGGAAUCAUGAAGCAAGUACCUUUGGGACGACUUGGGUCUCCUACUGAACUAGCGGAAGUGAUUGCCUUCUUGAGUUCGGACAAGAGCUCAUUUAUGACAGGAGCAUCAAUCGACGUUACCGGUGGAUACUAGUUAGCCAAAACCUUGUCAGCCAAAAUGUCUAGACUUCCAUAGUUUUCAACAAAACACUAGAUACUUAAAAUAUUUUAUUUUAAUUCAGUUAUUGCGAGGGAUUAUUUUGGGUAAGAGAGUACUUAGUUAUAUUAAUUGGUGUGUAUCUACAGACGAAAAUACAAAAUAGCCGUAUGCAUAAGAGGUACUUGAUGUUGUAAUAGUCCAGUACAAUGCACUGCAAAGUUUGAAACUCUACUGAUAAUGCACAAUAAAAAUGUUAAACUGUCAAACACCAAGCGGUCACCGGUGACCGCAACCUAUUGUUCUAUAAUUGUGUCUACAAAACCGGUACUCGACGAGUUAAAUUAGUCUUUUAAGGGUACAAUUGAUUACCAUGAUUCAUUUUUGCAUAAAAUAAAUUGUUAAUGAUAGAAUUAUGUGCAUGUAUGUAUACAGUUUGUUAUAUUUUUCUCUAUAAACAAUAAAAUGUACUUCUAGUCUUUAGAUUAUUUCAAUUGAAAAAUGUUAUAUAAUAUUUUUAGCAGACAUUUACAAAUUCUUGAAGUUUGAUAAUACAUACAGUAUUAUCAACUGUCAGUAUAGUAUGUAAUAGUGUAAAAAUGCAACAAAUGUGUCUUCAACACCUGUGAUAUUUUCCAUAUACUUCGAAUUUUACUAUAAUUGUUACACUAAAACCAUUUAGUUUAAAUAAAGGGUUGAAUGUUGUUA